UUGCCAUCCCCAUAACAAAUCACUCUUUUCCUCGAUAUUCCAUUUUCCAGCUUGGAUUCGAUCCCUUCAAUACCCAUUACGCAUUAACGGAUCCCAGGUUUCAUUUCUCCAACUCCAAGAUUUUGUUUGGUUUAAUUCCUGAAUCUCACAUUGCUAAUUUUUACUUCGUUUAAGCGAUUUCCAAGACUCAGCAAAGAUCAAACAGUGUUUUGUACGUUGGAUGGUGUGAAUGUGAUGUUCGAGGAGUGGAUCAAGCUGUCUGAUUGAAGACAUGGCGUGGUUUAGUGGGAAAGUCUCUUUGGGGAACUUCCCGGAUUUUGCAGGGGCGGUGAAUAAACUGAGUGAGAGUGUUAAAAACAUCGAGAAGAACUUCGAUAGCGCCCUUGGCCUCGAGGAGAAAUCUGAUGCUACUGGUAGCGAUAGUGAAGCAACAUCAGGAUUAUGGCCUACAGAUCGGAAGGCAUUGUUUGAACCUAUCAUUGGGUUUAUGGGGCAGAAAGGUGAGGAGAGUACUGUUGAAUCACUGGAGACGUCUAAUGCUUCAAAGCCUACAUCCCCUGUCAGGACAAAACAAAUUGACGAUGACGACUCAACUAAUCAAGUUAGCGCCCAAAUUCCUCAUGGACGAGAAGCAAAUGAAGAAAAAGAUUCAGAUGUAAAGACAGGAUUUGGAGAGGAAAUAAAGGAUACCAGCGAGGAGCCAAAAGACCAUGCUGCUGCAGACAACAGUGGAGCUACAGUGGUCUUACCUCCGAUUCCUGUUCCACUGUCUGAAGAAAAACCUGAAGAGGUCAAGCAAACAGAAUCUGCAAACAAUCUUCAAGAGGAGGAGAGGGCGGAAGAAAUAUUUCCUACAUUACUGGAGUCAGUACAACCAGAAUCUGCAAAAAAUCUUCAAGAGGAGGUGAGGUUGAAAGAAAUGUCUCCUACAUUGAUAGAGUCAGUACAACCAGAACCAACAAGUCCUGGAGGUAAAGUUGAAGUUGUUACUUCUGAGUCUACAGCCAAUGAUGCUCCUAGAUUUCCAGAGGGCAUAGAUGAACAGAAUGCAGAGGACGAAGAUGUUAAAGAAGUUUUUACAGCUCAAUCUCUGAAUGCAUUGCCUGGAGGCCCAGCUGAAAGCAGAGAAUCAUCUGCCCCAAAUAUUCCUGAUAAGACCACCAAUGCCGAAGAUAAUUCUACAGACAAGUUGCCCAUUUUACAUUAUAAUGAGAUGGAGGCUUCAACAGAAGCCUCUGAUUUGGUUAUGCCCCCGAAUGAUACUGCUCCUGUCUCAAUUGAGCUAAAGCAGCACUUGGACAAAGAUGCUAAUGUAAAAGAACAACGUUUGAGUACUGGAAGCAACUCGUCUGAUAUUGUCGAUUCUGUUGCUGAACUUGAGAAAGUGAAGAAGGAGAUGAAAAUGAUGGAAACUGCAUUGCAUGGAGCUGCUAGACAAGCUCAGGCCAAGGCUGAUGAAAUUGCAAAGUUGAUGAAUGAAAACGAGCAGCUAAAAGCUGUGAUUGAUGAUCUGAGGACGAAAACAAAUGAAGCUGAAAUUGAAUAUCUACGAGAGGAAUAUCAUCAAAGGGUGGCGGCACUUGAGAGAAAGGUUUAUGCUCUCACUAAGGAGCGGGAUACACUGCGUAGAGAACAAAGCAAGAAAAGUGAUGCCGCAGCCCUUCUGAAGGAGAAAGAUGAAAUAAUCACUCAAGUGAUGGCCGAAGGUGAAGAGCUCUCAAAAAAGCAAGCUGCCCAGGAAUCUCAGAUUAGAAAGUUAAGGGCACAGAUCAGAGAGCUUGAGGAGGAGAAGAAAGGAUUGCUUACAAAGCUCCAGGUUGAAGAGAAUAAAGUGGACAGCAUAAAAAAAGACAAGGCAGCAACUGAAAAGUUGCUCCAAGAAACUGUAGAAAAACACCAAGCUGAACUUGCAACUCAAAAAGAAUACUAUACCAAUGCUCUAAAUGCGGCAAAAGAAGCUGAAGCAUUAGCAGAGGCACGUGCGGACACUGAAGCAAGAAUUGAACUGGAAAGUCGUCUAAGAGAGACGGAGGACCGGGAAAGUAUGCUUGUUCAGACACUUGAAGAAUUAAGGCAAACUCUGAGCAGAAAAGAGCAGCAGGCAGUUUUUAGAGAAGACAUGCUUCGCAGGGACAUUGAGGAUCUUCACAAGCGAUAUCAAGCAAGUGAGCGUAGGUGUGAGGAGUUAAUAACUCAAGUUCCUGAGUCUACCAGACCCCUUUUAAGGCAGAUUGAAGCGAUGCAGGAAACAGCCUCAAGAAGGGCUGAAGCUUGGGCUGCUGUUGAAAGAUCUCUAAACUCACGACUUCAGGAAGCAGAAACCAAAGCUGCGGCUGCAGAGGAAAAGGAGCGUUCUAUCAAUGAGCGUUUAACUCAAACUCUGUCUCGGAUAAAUGUUCUUGAAGCCCAGAUAUCAUGCCUAAGAGCUGAGCAGACACAGCUAACAAGAUCUCUUGAAAAGGAGAGACAGAGGGCAGCAGAAAAUAGGCAGGAAUAUCUUGCUUUGAAGGAGGAGGCUGACACGCAUGAAAGUCGUGCUCAUCAGCUAGAGGAAGAAAUUAGGGAACUCAGGAGAAAGCACAAGGAGGAGUUGCAUGAAGCACUGAUGCACCAAGAGCUUCUGCAGAAGGAACUAGAGCGCGAAAGAGCUGCGCGUUUGGAUCAGGAAAGGGCUGUCAGCCUUCAGUCUUCUGCUGUACCUGAUCAAAGCCCCAGAACAAGGCCAAGCUCAGCUGCAUUUGAUAAUGGCAACUUGACUCGUAAGAUUUCGAGCACGAGCAGCUUGGGCAAUAUGGAAGAAAGCUAUUUUCUGCAAACAACUUUGGACUCAUCUGAGAAUUCAUCUGAACGUAGAAUUGUGGGAGAAGGUGCUGUGAGUCCAUAUUAUAUGAAGAGCGUGACAUCAAGCACUUUUGAAGCUGCUCUCCGUCAAAAGGAGGGAGAGCUUGCAUCUUAUGCAUCUAGAUUGGCUUCUAUGGAAUCCAUUCGUGACUCUCUAGCAGAGGAGUUAGUUAAAAUGACAGCACAGUGUGAAAAGUUACGGGGAGAAGCUGCUACGCUACCUGGAAUUCGAGCAGAAUUAGAAGCACUUAGACGUAGACACUCGGCUGCAUUGGAAUUGAUGGGGGAACGUGAUGAAGAGUUGGAAGAACUCCGUGCUGAUAUUGUUGAUCUAAAGGAGAUGUACAGAGAACAAGUAAACUUACUUGUGAAUAAGAUCCAAAGACUGAGUUCAGCUAUUGGCACUGAUCUUGAUGAUACAUAACUACAUAUGCGUUAGUUCGGUUCACUUUGGUAGCCAAAUAUCUUCUUAUCUUUACAUCGACUGGGCUGGCCGUUAAUCCAUACCCCACACCGGAAUCAUUUUCAUUAAUGUACAGCACGAGUGAUUAUGUGGCGCUGAAUAUGUUGCGUUGAAUAUAUUCUUGUCUGUUAUACAACUUAGCUUAAUUGCCUAUUCUGCAUCAAAUAUUACCAGUUCACAUUCUUUUA